CUCGAUACAUAUUGCUUCUACUUUCGCUGGAGAACUUGCAAGCUGGCCUUUGCCAGUGUCACCGGCUUCUUGAGGAACUCGCUCGUCUGUCACUGACACGCGGAUAGCAUGCAGCUCAGAGACGAUGAGACAUUUGAAACAUUGGGUAGCACGUCGUUUCAGUCUCCCCGUGUAACGCCCUGGCCGUCGGCUGAGGAAGGCCGAGUCGCCAUCCCCUCGCCACGGUGUGCCAAGGCGCUGUCAGUCAUCGCAACUUCCGAGCACAAGAGGAGGGGACAAAUGGAAGCGGAGGAGAAGCUUGACACGGGCAACGUGUUACGACACGCACUCCGUGCCCACGCCUCAAACAUGGCCAGCCACGUCGACAUAAUUGCCGGCAUGGGCCCAACACAGCGUCAGCUCCCUCGCACGUCCUCGGCGCGUGUGCAGUACGAGGAUAUAGCCGUAGCCGCGGCAAUGGAUGAGUACGAGCUGGACGAGGGCGAGGAGGAGGGCGAGCAAGAGGGGGCCGCCACCGGCAUAUUCAUUACCGCGUCGCGCGUGCCGGCCCAUCAGCUGCCCGGCGCCACAGCUGCUCCUGCAGUUGCCGCCGCCACUUAUGAUGACUACGACGAGGAUGACGAGGGCGGGCCACAGCAGCCGCAGCAGCAGCAGCACGCCACAUCGGCCUGGGCUUCUGCUCGCCGUGAGCCUGUUGGCCCUCCACGCCACAGCAGGACCGCGGCCAUGGCCGCCGCCCCCGCCAGCACCGGCCCUCCAGCCUGGGACGGCCCCGCCGCUGCUGCCAGCAGCGCCGUCCCAGCCAGCAGUGGUGACAGCGACGCCGGUAGCAGCGCCAGCGGUCGUGUUGGCUUCAAGCUGCACCUGCCACGCACCGACCAGCUCCUGCGCAAGCUCAAAAUAUUCAAUGCCCACCGCGGCGGCCAUGGCGGCGCGAAUAGCUCUAGAGCUAGUAACUCUGCCAUAGGCGCAAUCACCACCGCCGACGGGGUCGGCAGCGAGGGGCAGCCCUCGCCACCGCGGCGGCUGGCCACAACCGGCAGUAUCGACAGCAGCAGCAAUGAAAACAGCAGCAGCAGCAACGUCCAGGCUGACGGCUUCGGUCGCACCGUGAGCCCCCCUAAAGGGAGCCAGUACGGCACAGCCACGCCGCCGCCAUCAGGUUACCUCAGCAUGCCGCCUUCCGCAAGCCCCACCUCCCGUCUUUCAUGGAUGGCGUCCACCGCUGCCAACGCCGCGGCGCCGUCGCCUCCGCCGUCUCGGCACCUGCAACAGCAGGAGCUAGCUGCGCUGGCCCGUGCCAGAGGUUCCGGCGGCGCCGCCGAUGCAGACGCCGCGGCGGUUUCUCCCACCCGCAGCGCUGGGUCCUUCACCGCGGAUAUGGGCGGGUGCCGCAGGCCAUCGCUGACACAGCUGUUUCCAGAGUCGGACACUGCUGGCGGCGGCGGGGCUCUCAGCGGGCUGAUGGGAGACCUGGGCCGCGGGCUUUCGCGGGAGCUGCUGUAUGCCACCGGCGAAGAUGGUACCGCUGCCGGUGGCGUAGCUGCUAUGCAGUGCAGCGCGCGCCACAGUUUCAGCAACCAGGCCUUGGUGCGGCAACCGGGGCAGCGCCGCGGCAGUAUGGUGGUACUCCCCAGCAGCGGCAUGUGCGGCGGCAUCAACCCUGCCUCACAGGGCCUGAGGCCCACAAUGGCACGGGCCAACAUGGCACGCCUUGCCCGCAGGAGCGUCACUUGUCUCGAAGACUACCCCUACGCAGCCGUACCCAUGGAUGCGCCUGCUGCCGGUGCCGAUGCUGGUGCCGGUUUCGCCGUUGGCGCUAGCGUCCCGGUUUCUCCCGUGUCGCCAGCAGUCAAAUCGCCUGGCGCGGGUGACAGCGGCAGUGGCAGGGCACACCUGGGCUUUCGCGCGGCGGCAGAGGCGCUGUUUAAUAAGGUCACCCGCAGCCCGGCCCGCGGUGCAGCCGCCGCCGGUCAGGAAUGGUACCCUGGGGCAGAUGUCUCCCCGGGCCAGCCGCCUCUGUCGCCGUCUACCCUCCGAUUUGCGUCCGCGACUGUGGGUUCUGCCGGCGGCGCAGGUGCGGCUUCGCCCUUCGCAACGGCCGCCGCUGGCGCGAGCGUGUAUAGACGCGCUGGCAGCAGCGGGCUCGCAAGCCCCAUCGCUAGCCCGGGUACCUCCUCAGCCACGAAUCUGUUUGCGGGCAUGAUCACCGCUGCUGGGGGCGCCAAUGGAGCGCCAAGCAGCGGCGGUGGAGGCAGCGCGGGUGGCAGUGCGACGACGUCUGCUAGGGCCCGAGUGGCGCCGCCGAGCCCGCUGCAGGUCGCGGCGACGCAGAGCGGCGAGGCCUGGUUUGUGGGACGGACUGCUUCAGCCAUGCAGCAGGCUAGCGCCUCCGCCUCCGCCUCAUCCUCCAGCCGGCGCCUGCUACCCACGCCGUCCUCCCAAGCCGCCGCCCCGAUCUCUGGCGGCAGCAGCUUCAUUAGCAGCGUGGCUGCCAACCCGAAUAGUGCCGGUAGCGCCGUGCCACGCUUAACCCCACCAGUGCUACAGCCACGGGCCGCAUUCACAAACACCUCUCCGUUGCCCGUGUUACCGCCGGGAUCCAGCGUGCCGCUGUCUGGCGUGGGGCAGGGAAGGGCAGCCGGGAACGGGGGCCCUGGGUUUGGGGAACGGAUGCAUGCGUUGUCGCCUUGAUUCCAGUUUAGCUGAAAAACUGUUGGCUUGGGAUCAACCACUCCAUCGCGUGCAGGAGCGAGUGCCGGCGGCACUCGGACGUUGGCAAUAAUAUAUCUGAUUCAUUUUGACUGCGUGGGCUGGGGCAUGGCACGAAACACGUCGCACCAUACAAAGCGGCAGGUUCUUGUGCUGGCGCUUGAUACAGCAUCCGCGGCCUUUUCAGGUUCUCCUUGUCUCGGGGUGAGCGGGGCCCUCGGGCUCCCCCCGCUUGAUACGCGCUGUCACUAGUAGAUGGAGGAUGGGUGAGGUGCCUCCGAUCAAGCGGCGCUGGCACACACGUACUUCAGACUGGCCGGUGUCCAUGGUCGUGGGGGUCAGCCGACAAGCGAAGAAUGUGGUGGGCCUCGGCUGUGUGCGUGACGUACGGCUUUUGAAUGUCCUGGAAGGGACUGUGCUUGGUUGGGGCCGAGGGGACAUCAAUCUGUUGGCGGCUGGCUUUGGCAGUGUUACGUCUCCCACGGCAAUGUGUCUGGGAGGUAUGGCUACUUGUUUGACCUCCGACCCUUGCAAAAAAGGCUCAGACAGUGUGUCGGGUGUGUUGUAGUGUGGUGUGGUGUGGUGUGCAAUGGCGUGGCGUGGCUGGCGUGUUAUUGUAGGCUCAGGCUGGCUCAGCCCACAUACCAUACCGUAUCCUUACGUGGAGAACACAAACCAUUAUUUGUAUGCUUUGGACCAGGACAUGCAUCGGCAGGUUGAUUCUGAGGGACUAGACGUGAGUUGCUUGUUGUUCCUUGAAUUGCUGGUCUGAGUUGCGCGAUCCCCGUCCUAAUCCUGGGGGCGAUGGCACGAUGGCAUACUUGUUCGGAGCUGGAAGAGGCGAAUGGCCAGGAUUCAUUUGUACUUGGCCUUAUUGACGAGGCGUGAGUUGACGGUUUUGACCACCAAAAAGGGAGGCGAGAAGGUCAAAGGUAGGGGAUGCCCAAACCGAGGGGUCACGAAGGGCCGCACGCACCAGGUGGCAGGUUUCGCGAGUGCGCUGCACGUUAUUUGGCUUGCCGCAAAAAGCUCAUCAUGACUAUUCGUAUGCACCGCAAUACCGGGGAUUCAGAGCGCAGGUCGUGGGCGCCAAUUGACGAAUCGCCGAAUUUAUGUAAUUCGCAGUCCCG